GCGCAAAGCAGGGCAAGAGCACGAUGAGGACCGAGAUACCACGGACCCCAAGAUGGUCACCGAGCUUUUUAUGUCGUUCCUGCGCCCAAUGUGCGUCAACGUCGAGGAUUUACAGAUACAGAAGAAUACCCGCGACGAGGUGAUGUGGCAUAAAGCAAAGUAUCCCUGGCGAAGAUCUCCCCUGUGGCUGCUAGUGCGCGUGAUACUACAGGUCGCCUUUCGCAGAUUGUCGUCACAGGCCGAUGAUCUUUACAAAUCGUUUAUGGUCUAUUGCUUGAGUACCAUCAUUGACAACUCGUGCGAAACGAUGCCAAAAGAGCAUAUCCAUGUCAUGAACAUGAAGGUCGCUCGCCGGUUACUCAAACUAAACUUGUCCGGCGACCCUCCUUGGUUUUCCUUGGUUCAGCAAACGCUAGAAAGAGCGAGCAAGACUGUCCAGGGGGGCUGGAAAAAGGCCAUGUCGCAAAAUAGCCUUGAGCAUGAUAUGUCAUCUUUGGAAAGCCUGGAAUUUGGUGAAGACACUCAUUGUGCGCUGCCUGGUCUUGAUCAGUAUCUCGAAGGAAUCCACAGGCAGGAAGAUCGACACUCUCAAGCUUCGGUCGAAUUUUCACCAAGGUCGAGUCUUGUCCAUUACCAACCUACGGAGCUUCCAGGUCAUGUGAGCCUCACCAAUCCAGAAUACGAAGUGUACAAUCUUGCCUCCUUCGAGGCUUGGGUUGCGUCGCACCUUGAUGUAUGGAUCGCAUCUCAUUUGGGUGAAGAGGCCACCUGUGGCCGGCUGAGGGCAGUCAUUGAGAGUUAUCAUAGCAUUGCCUCACCUAUGUACUCUAGCAAUCCAGAAGCAGUUUCGACUAUGCUGCUUACUAUUCUUGAACUGUGGAUUGCCUGUGACCGGUCCGCAACCCAUAUUCAUGGGAUGCUGAAUGAUUACGACCCCUGCAUCCCGGAAGGCAUGUUUGAGUCGCUUCUGCUGCCGUUCACAUCCCAGAUGGAAAGACUUGCCCGUGCAGAAAUUUAUCUACACAAACGGCGACAGCGCCUCCGACACCCUGGGUGUGGUAUUUUCUCGGACUUCGGUACACCAUCUUGCUUCUCAGUUCAAUAUUUUAACCAGUCAACUGAGCACCAACGCUUACAGGCCGACAUAGAAGCUGUUGCGAGACGUCAGAGAAGCGAGAAAGAAAAUGAACUUCGUCAGAAGCAUCGGAAGUACACUGAACUGAUGGAUCAGGCCGCCCGAAUGGAGUGCGACUACCGCGAGGUUAUUCUCGAUCGACGCUUUGACUUUCGGGAGUUCCGUCAUAACGAGUAUUCUUGCGCAAGGUGCGAGUGCCAGCGUGAAGCUAGCUCGAUCACGAUUCACGUUCACGAGUGGCCUCUUCCGGCAAGUCACCUGGCCUCAAAGUCGACGGUUUUUGAAUUGAAUGUACCCCGUUCAUUCGGAUGUUGGCGUGAUGCCACUGUCUUCUUCUUGUGUAAUGUUUUGGAAGAUGACUAUGCCGCGCAAGUGACACCAAUAGCCAAAUAUACGCCACAGGGCUAUCGUGGCCUUUCGUCUUAUUUCACGCACGGUGGACUGCGCGUCGGCCUUCUGUCGGAAGUCAAGCCCCACAAGAGGACCCAUCGUCGUCACAAAGAGAUUAUUAGUGUGACCGAGGAAGAUGUUUGUCUCAAUAAUGGACUUCACUGGCAAUACUAUGAUAGUGCAAUUGGAUGUUUCAUCAGCGAAUUAACGCCCACACAUGCGACGGCAAAGUCGUGCAACUAUAAACUGCCCCAGAGAUGCUCAUUUCUACAACGGUUCUUGUUCCGGCCAGCGGACAACCAUAACGGCCCAUCGCCUAAUACUGUGUUCGCUUCACAGUUUUCUUCUCCUGUGGACAUGCCACUUGAUGAGUUUAAAGCAUUGUGUACACUGCCCCUUGGGGUGGAGAUCCAGUGGCAGAAUAUUCUCCUGCAGCUGGCCAUGCCGUCGGUGGACUUCAAGAAGGUGGAAACAGAUAUCUUUAUCCUUCAGGUGAUCAAUCAGGCCGGACCACCGUUCAAGGACUCGGCGGCCAGACAGGGUCACCAGGUUCUCAAUGAUAACAGAUUUGCUGAAACGAUUCUCCAUCGAAUUGAGGAAGAAAUAGAACGCUUGGAAGAAAAUUGGGAGUUCGUGCAUGGGCUCAGUGUACUCAUAUCUCUCACACUCCGAGUGCUAUCUCUAUCGUCGUCUGCAGGGAUCCAUGAUGUGUGUCUGGAGCGAUUAAGCCAUCUUCGCAACAUUGCUUUCAAGUGGGUCAACCAGGUUUCGGAGAAAGCAAGCUGCACAGUCGACGAUGAGCCCCGGAACUCCCUCCUUGCACGAAGUGUUCAUAUCGCGUUGAUCUGUGCUGAAACAUUCGACUGCGAGGGAACGUUCUUGGAACGCUCACUCAACACCUCGUCUGACGCCUCGAUUUACAUCCGAUGCUGUAUGAUAGUAAAUGACCGGAAAGGGGUAUUGCCUAUGGAUUCUGAUCCUAUGCUUCCGAUAUUGCUCCGCCGUUGGCAAUGCCUAGCGUAUCGUUGUUACCCAAUUCUCGCAAGGAAUAUGAUCCGUCAAGGGAGCCCGGCCCUCGACACGGCCAUAAAGAAGUCUUGGGCGGCGUACUGCGCGUCGUCGAGUUGGACAGCCGCGUCGGAGGAAGAUGAGAUUUGGCUCGCUAGCCGGACAGCAUCUCAGUCGACCAAUGAUGAAAGCCUGCUUGUGCACUUCAAUUUGCUAACGGGCGAGUUGCUCGUCAAUGGUCUCCCACUGGCCCGUCUGCCCUCCGAGUAUGAGUGCCACGAAACAUAUAAGAGGCUUUUUGGUCGAUCGUUGCUAGAAGUCAUGCCGAGUGAUGUUCCCCGAAUGCAGUUCUCCUGUCAGAAGGAACAUAUGGGGUACACCAUACACCUGGGAAGGGGAAGUAUCUCAGACUCAGCAGAAUAUGACCUCGAGGUUCAGGCAAGGAAGGGAGUUCAGAUCCAGGAGUUUGUUCCCCCAAGGUUGUUUGUUGGCUUGUUCCCCGAUGCUUUUGUCGAUGAUCAUGUGCACUGGUAUGAUCGAGACGGUGGAUAUGUGGAGUUUCGGCCUGUGACAGAACCCUGGGUCUCGUCAGAAUCGAACUGGAGAUUACAACGAAAUGGGUCUCAGGACAUAUGGUUCCUUGUGAAGGACGGUGUGUACUUGGUGAAUGUGAGCAGUCAAACCGCCAAACUACUUUCGGAGAUCCUCAAACCCAUCGAGAAACCCACCAAAGUCCACUGUAUCUUCAACCCCAAGACAUCGGUAUUGGACAUUGACAUUCCCCGUCUUCGACUAAGGUAUAGCCUCCAAUCAGGAUUCUCCUUCAUCCGGUCCCGACAAUACCGUGGGAUGUAUAUUGAUGCCGACCAGUCCCUAGACACGUUGGUUGGCUUGCGCAAUAAGCUUAUCCUGGUCCACGAGACCAGCCAAGAUCGCCUCGUCCUUGUUCCGGAAGGAGAUGUGUUCUGGAAUAAGGAUGAUGACCAUGUUGAUGUUCACAUUGGCUGGCAGGCAGACACCCGGACUCAUCCCUAUUCGGUGGACAGACAGCUUGGCCGGCUUGCUGAUAACGGGAGUUUACAGAGUAAACUGUUUUUGUCCUACCUACAUGCCCUGACCUCAUUCUGCUUGCCUGAUCCCUUGACACAAAAGACCGGUACCGAGCAGGCUCUGUCCAUCCUACGCUCUGCAGCCGUGAGAUCGUUUGACCAACUGCGGCCGGAGAACUGUACAAUCCUUGCCAAAAUCGCAGAGCUAACACCCCAAAGAUGGUACUAUCCUGAUAAUGAGCGCGUGAUGCAAACCAUUCGAUGGUACAACGAUAUUGGAUUUCUGGCCCAGCAUGGAAGUUUCUACCUGGAAGUAGCGAAAAUACUUGAACAAGACCGUCGGAUGGGAAUUUUUCACACUGACAAGCUGGUCUCGCAGCCUCUACUACCGCGCGUAGAGGCGGACCUGCUGAAACGUGAGCUGAUUCGAUCAUCCGCUUUUCGGGUCACUGGAUUCGGCGCGGAGGAUUACACGCUCGAAUGCGAUCGCCGCUAUACAAGCCUCGACCGCAACCACAACUCGAAAGAAUGUUCUCGUGCCUAUACAGUGUCCAAAAUGAUAUACGAUGACAUUCCCUUGGUUCGGAGUAACACAGCCAAGGGGCUGGCUUCGUGCCUCUGGGAGUUUCUCGAAGCAUCCAAUAUGAUCCAUGGCCCCGGUGUCUCGUUCGAUGUUAGGCAGUUGAAUUAUGAUGCAGGGUUUAUCUUGGAUCCCACAAAGCUUACGUCCAAGUAUUGGUGCAGCAUUCACCGACUACUUUGCUCGAUGCGCCCCCGAUUGGAUAAAUUCCGGCUUAUGAUGUGGCUCGCAACCUUGGCGUUCUCUAAAAAGAUCAGCAUGGUUGUUCUCGAGACUCUAGCUUCGUUAUACAUCGUGCCAGGGACGACUUCAAUUUACUCGCCGGCCAGAAAGUCUUUUGCGUUGUGUGAAGGGACCGUGAUAAAUAAAGACGAGAUGCGGUCUCUGAUCUACUCAGCUGCCCUCGAAGAGACUCCGGAAUCAAAUCUUUCUCCCCGAACAUACGAAACCUAUCCGGCAUUUCAAAACCGCAGAAGCUCUAUUAAGCAAGAAAACAGGGACCGGGCAGUUGAUAAGUUCAUGGCUUACUUGUACAAGAUAUGGCCAGUGCGCGAGCCCGGGCAACCGCACUCCUGGGAUCUUCCAAGGUUGCCAGAUUACUUUGACAUUCACAAGGUCAUGGACCAUGUCCGUGAGAGAUUCGCGACCUGGCACGACAACAAGGAAUUCGGGGGUUAUCUCACCCAACUUGCAUCUUUAUUGAGCGCCCAGGAAACUCAGCCGGUGAACAUGCCAUCAAUAUCUUUCCCAUGCCACCAAGAGCCUCUAACUAGGGGACAAAGAUUCAUUUGUGUCGAUGAUUUGCUAGGCUCUCCGCCUGUCUUUGAAAUGAGUCCUCCGCAGCUUUGCGAGCUAUUGGAGACUCAAUCUCUCAAUAAAACGUCGGCUCCUCGAACCUUAGAUUUGGCCAAGACACUCGAAUUGCAAUCCAAGUCGAAGUACGAGAAAGGUUACGUCGAACAGUUUCGAAGCAGUAUCAUGUCGCUACAACAGACAAACAAGACGGCAUGCAUCAAUAUCAAUUCCAGCAAGCUCAGGGAAGCUUUUUUCAAAUACCAGGCACACUGCGAGACGUACUCUGGGUAUCUGUAUGUGACAAUCAUGUCGCGAAUGACACCUUCUGGUAGAGCAUCCGAGCCAGAGGCUAAGGAGACCGCCAUACACCAAAACUCUUUGGCACUGCUGCAAGGUAUAGGUCAUUGGCCAAGGAUAUCACCCACCCUACUCCUUACUCAGCUGGCCCGGGACCGGUGGGAUAAACUUCCCAGGCAAUGGAAAGCCUGUUUGAUCACCUACGGACAAUCCAUUACGGCCCUUCAGCGGGCGAAAAGGCUAUCUAGUCUGACAGACCACCGCGACGACCUAAUUCGUGAGCUUCAAAACCCAGGGCACGUCAAUUGGGACCCCCACGAAUUCCCGGAGUCUCUGCUUCUGGAAAUUGAAAACGGGAUUCUUAUCCGAGACGUGCAGGAAGAGAUCGCUCAACAAAUGAGAAACCUCAGUCCUGGAGAGAAUGCCGUGAUGCAACUGAAUAUGGGCGAGGGAAAGUCAUCCGUCAUCGUUCCAAUCGUGGCAGCCGCACUUGCGAACUCAUCGUACUUGAUUCGUGUGCUCGUUGCAAAACCGCAAUCCCGACAGAUGUUCCACAUGCUCGUCUCCAAGCUCGGAGGGUUGUUGGGUCGUCGAGUUUAUCACAUGCCAGUUUCCAGGUCUCUCAAGUUUGGCGCAGCAGAAGCAGCGGAAGUUGAGCGCAUGUGUCGCGAAUGCAUGUCGGAGGGUGGUGUUCUCCUCGUCCAGCCGGAACAUAUUUUAUCGCUGAAGCUCAUGUGUCUGGAGUGUUUCAUUGCUGGAAAAGAAGCGGUGGGUCGCUCUCUGCUGCGAACCCUAGAGCUUUUCAGAACAGCCUCGCGCGACAUUGUAGACGAAAGUGAUGAGAACUUCAGCGUGAAGUUCGAGCUGGUAUACACCAUGGGCACCCAACGUCCGUUAGAGCUGAGUCCGCAGAGAUGGACUGUUAUUCAACAGUUGUUGGAUCUAGUAAGAACGUAUGCUCUGGGUGUCAAGGAGGAGCUCUCCCGGUCAAUAGAAGUGGAUGAACAGCGGCCUGGGAGCUUCCCCAGGAUACGGUUACUUCACAGUGACGCUGGACAAGCCCUUUCGGAACGGAUCGCGAAGCAUGUUUGCAACAUUGGAAUUGAUUGUCUCCCAAUCUCAAGGCAGCCUAAGAGAACCAGAGAUGCCGUAUUGUCAUACUGUCUCGAACCAGACUUGACUACGGACCAGAUCGCUGCGGUCGAAGACGAAGGUCCGGGAGGGUUUUUUACCAAGACUACUCAAGGUCCACUUCUGUUAGUACGGGGCCUUCUGGCAGGUGGAGUCUUGGACUUUUGCUUCGGGCAAAAGCGCUGGAGGGUUAACUAUGGGCCACACAAUACCAGGUCUCCGCCUACCAAGCUGUCUGUGCCCUAUCGUGCGAAGGACAGUCCUGCUCCGCGCUCCGAGUUCAGCCACCCGGACGUUGUUAUUGUUCUGACGUCUCUAAGCUACUACUACGCCGGGCUUUCUGACGAGGACCUCUUUCUCGCGCUUCAGCACCUGGUCAAAUCAGAUCAAGCCGACAUUGAAUACCAAGCGUGGAUACAAGGUGCACCGGACCUCCCACCCGCGUAUCGCCACCUUGGUGGUAUUAAUCUCGAAGACUGUCAUCACUGCAUUGAACAUAUUUUCCCGAAUCUUCGUUUCUCCAAGGGUGCCAUCGACUAUUUUAUUUCUCAUAUUGUGUUCGCGAAAGAAUUGAAGGAAUUCCCAGAUAAAUUAUCUGCAUCUGGCUGGGACAUUGGGGAAAUAAAAACACACCCCACUGUCGGUUUCAGUGGAACCAAUGACUCUCGAAAUAUUAUUCCUCUAAGUGUCAAGCAGUUGGAUCUCCCGGAGCAGAAUCAUACAAAUGCUCUUGUUCUGGAAUAUCUCCUCAGGUCCGAGAAUUCGGUUGCGCUUAUCCCACCCCGCGAUGAUCCAUCCGUUUCGGGUGCUAAACUCCUACUCAAUAUGGUUACGAGUUUGGAUCCGACAACGCAGGUCAUUCUCGACGUGGGCGCGCAGAUCAUAGAGCUCAGCAAUCUGGAAGUUGCGAAACAUUGGCUUAGGAUGGUACCGAAUGACGGGCGUAUCCAUGCCAUUGUGUUUGUCAACGAUAGCGAUGAGAUUUGCGUCCUCGACCGGGAUGAACGCGUUGAACCACUACAAACCUCGCCUUUUGCCAAACAGUUGGAAGCAUGCUAUGUAUUCCUUGAUGAGGCGCACACGAGAGGUAUUGACUUGAAACUGCCACUCAAUUACCGCGCAGCCGUGACCUUGGGCCCCGGUAUCACGAAAGACAAGCUGGUGCAAGCAUGCAUGAGAAUGAGGAAACUGGGCAAGGGGCAGUCGGUUAUAUUCUGCAUUCCGGAAGAGGUUAAAUUCAACAUCCUCGAGCUGUCCGGAAAAAUCAAUCAGUCGAAGAUUGACCUCUCGGAUGUUCUUCGUUGGGCAAUAGUAGGGACCUGGAUGGAUACGCGACGCAGUAUGCCCUUAUGGGCCACCCAGGGCGAGCGAUUCGAGAGGCAGUGUGCUAUGUGGGAUGAGAUCCGCCACGAUGAUCAACUUGACAUGUCCACAAGCCAGGCCAGAAAAUUCCUCGAGCCUGAAUCGCAGUCUUUGGAGCAUCGAUACCGACCUUGCGAGGACAAUGUCCCAAUCCUGAGUACAUUGUCGGAUAAAACCGAGAAUCUUCGCCUCAUAUCACAACGAUGCCAUGAGUUCGACAACCUCAACUUCGCAUCCACCGGGCUUCAGGAGGAGCAAGAGCGGGAACUUUCCCCGGAAAUCGAACAAGAGAGACAGGUCCAGAAGCCACCCGAAGCUGAGCCAAAAAGGCAUACGAUUCACCCGGAUUUGUGCUCGUUCAUUUCCACUGGAAUCCUGAAAAGGCAUUCUAAUGCGUUCAAACCGGCUUUCAAGUCGCUGCAGAACACAUCUGUAGCAUCAUUUCUGGAUAUGGCCCAAUUCCCGUCGGACCUUCUUGUCACGAAUGACUUUGCGACUACUGUCAAGGAGCAGAAGGGGUCAGCCUUUAUCUCGGAUUCCUAUCAGCGACCAGUGCAGUGGAUUCUCACGAGUUGUCGCGUCCCAGACUCCUCCAGCAGGAGGGUCGCGCAGGCUGUGGUCAUUAUUAGUCCAUACGAGGCCAAUCAUCUUCUACCGAAGAUUCGAAAGUCGGAAGCUGUUACCCUACACAUGUAUGCGCCACGCCAGAAUCUAACGUUCUCACCUCUGGACAGUCUGACUCUGUACAAUGUACCCGCAACUCCUGCUCCGAUUCAGAUACCCGAUAUCAUCAAAAUCCAACUGAACCUCUUCGCCGGGCAGCUGUACUUCGCAUCCUACCGUGAGUAUCAAGAACUUUGCGACUUUCUCGGCGUAGCUUACUUCAAGACACCCAAGGGUCUAGCUAUCGCAGACGACGGUUUUAUUCUGGGAGGUAAUGGGAAGACUACGUUCAGUCAGAGUCCGCUCAAGUUCCUGGAGGAUUUCAUGUCGCAGGUACGAAAGGAAUGCCAGGAAAUCGACAAGACGCACAUCGGCAAGAUUGUAGCUGGUGGCAUUCUGUGUCCGUCCGAUUUUCAGGAUCCCACUGAAAUGCCAAUCCGAACGCGCGGGGAUUAAGGUCUUUGGCAUAUGGUAGGUUAUCGUUGUGGAUGGGAUCUUGAACGGUCUUUGCUUUCCUGUUUGGUUUUAUAUUGGAGUCUCAACAACGAGACGAAGUCCAUCAUUUCAAUGCAUCUCAGUGUAUAUGGAAUUACUAUUUGCAUGGAGCUAUGUUUUCGGUACAACGUACGGCAUGAUUGUUUGGGGUUAAGUUGGAUGGCAAUCAAGGGUACAAUAUCCAUAGACGACGUACUUGAAUACAGUUUCGUAACUGCAUGAGCUCAGCUGGCA